AUGUGCGCGGGAGUGGCGACAGGUUACAAUGCGCACUUGCAGAUUGUCGAGCCACGACGUAAGCACGGGCGGCGCGUGAUCGGUGCUGACGUAAAGGAGCUCAAACUCUCCGAUAAAGCGUUACUGGGGUACCUCGGUCUCCUGCUCUCUUACAGAGCUUCGCCAGGCCCUACGCUUAGCCUGGUCGCUAGUCGGUUUAUCAAUCUCGAUCUGAGUCUAUCCUUCUUUUCCGCUCGACCUCUGGUCAUGGAUCAGCUCGAAGCCUCGAGAGUCUUAUUGACGGACUAUGCCGGAAAAUUACCUUCCCUGAGCGAGCACGGUGGUUUGCUGCCACAAUGGCUCCUUUUCGUUUCCGUCCUCGCGCUCUUCAAUACGGUCCAGAACUUCGUGACCAACUCGCUCACACGUAGGGUCUAUCACAAGACGCAUGUCACCAGUCUGCAGUCGCGCACAUUCGCAGUCUGGACCCUCACGAGCGCUGGUGUCCGCUUGUACACAGCGAUGAGCAUCGACAAUCCAGCGCUCUAUCAUCUCACGCUGGCGAGCUUUGUGAUUGCGUUCUUGCAUUUCGGCUCGGAGAUUGUCGUCUUUAAGACGACGACACUGUUCAGUCCUGCUCUCAGUACGGUCAUCAUCUCGACUUCGUCGAUGUACUGGAUGAUGAGCCAGUACGACUACUAUCUGUCCGGCCUAGAGCCGUUGAUAGAGACAAGCCUGUGA